AUGGGAACAUUUCCAUCGUCAUACAGCGACACAUUCGACGCUACAAUCGCCUGCUCGGACGGCAGGCGUUCUCGGCCCAAACACCGCACCUCGCAGAAGGCCAUCACAACUCUUCCGGGCCGCGGCAACCCGGGUUAUCGACGUCCCCUCCCGCUCGGCCUCCGGCCCUGCGGGGAGGUAACCCGAGAAUCCAUUAGCGAGGUCACCGCGGCGCGGUGCGACACAGGGUGGUGGGACGCGCGUCGCCGCGUCUCACGUUUCGGAAGCACCUGCUGCGGCAGGCGGCGGUGGCGGCGAGAACCGGGGCUGCGUGAGAGCGGUGUGGGCGGCGGGGACGCCAAAGGUCGUGACGCAGGUAGAGGCGGCGGGCGAGAGUGCCUGUCAUUUCAAAUUGCGUGCUUCCAACUGCCGCAUCGAAACAUUCCAACAACAUUCACUGUUGUUCGUAAUGUCCAUCCACCACCUCAACUUCUGCCAUUCGAUGAAAUAAUUGAAGUCAUAUUUGCCAACUUAGAUCCGCAAGUAGUGAUGGAGGUUGUGGUGCUUGCGGCUAUGAUAGUGGCGGCAGGGGUCACUUUGUAUAGCGGCGGUGGAGGCAAAGGCAGCGGGAGCAGAGGUCUGAAAGGGAGCAACGCUGGGAAAUCAGGCUGCGGCAACGUCGAGGGUAGUGGCGGGUGGAGAUUCAGUGGUAAUGGCAGUGGCGCCCACGGAGCCUGCGACAGCGGCGGCAGCAUCGGGAGCGACCAAGGAGAAGGCAAGACCGGCGAACAAUUGCUACUUACACAAAAGCUCCCCCUGCUUCUUAUAGUUCAGUUAACUCCACCCCUCUUCUCCAAUCUCUGUUUCAGUUCCGCUCCCACCCCGCCGACUCCCAGGCGUAUAGGGCAGGAGUUGCGGAAUUGGUGGGGAGAGGGCCGGGAUUGGAGUGGGGAGGGCGGGGAGUGGGGCGGGGAGUGCGGCGGGGAGUGGGCGGGAGUGGGCGGGGAGUGGCGGGGAGUGGGCGGGCGGAUCGCGGGGUGGAGCGGACUGAAACAGAAGAUUGGAGAAGAUGGUUUGGGUUGGAAUGAAAUGGUUGGGCUAACACUGGACGAGCGCGUCGUCAGGAGACCCAGUCGAGAGCUUAGAAUGUCCCGGCAGAGUCGCCACUGGCGGAGAUACCUGGUAGGGAAACCUCGCAUGCAAGGUGGAAGAGGCGCAGCAGAACGAGGGCGGAAGCCGGGGAGUGGCGGGGCGGGGAGCAGCGAGAGUACGUCCAGUGGAGGGGAUAGGAGGCGUCAUCAUGCAGAACGCGUGCAGUACCGGAGGGAGUCACCGUAGUGCAGAAGGCUUUCAAUUGAGCACUUGAUGACGACCACAGUUAUUCUCGGAGCGUGGAUCGCCCUCUCGAGCUCGUCGCUACCCUUAGACCGCCCUAUAAGAAAGAAUUCUUCACAUCGCCUUCGGACACCCCAACGCGCGUAUCAUGCAAUAUCGUACCUCGAUAUCUUAAUUUUAAAGUACCUUCAACUCCUAGUAAUCAAAAUCCUUGAUGGACCUCAUUGCUGGAGCUUAUCAUUCAAUUUCGAAUUGCUUGGUAUAUUUUAUUUUAUUCCAUACACUAUAUAACAAUCCCUGCAUAGGCACAUUCCCUCAAAAUUAUUUCUGUGAUUCAAAUACAAUGAUAAAAUAACCUCGAUAAUUCGAUUUACUUUUUUAUACUAUAUUUUGCAUGUAUUUUUACUUUUCACUGAGGAUUGUACUAUUGGAGAAGAGUCAAUGAUCACAGUUUACCGUCUCACUUGGGAGCACACUUUCACGGAACACUAUUUUGAACAUAUUUACUGCCAGCGGUCCUAUCAGUCGGUUUAUAACCUUUUUGACAAUGCAGUAUUCACUCAACCAUGCUGUCUUUUGUGGUAGAGUAACGAUCAUUUCAACACGUUUACCGAUUUUUACAGAUCAGUUUACAGAUUAUUUUAAGCAAAUUAAAUAAUUACACUCAUUUUCAUCGUUUAUUUUUCAAAACAAAACUCAGUCAAUUUUACUUCACUUUUUCACUUAUAGAACAAAAUAUCAUCUAUUUGGAAUCUUGUUACGUUACUGUCAAUAACGCGCAUUGCCAAUUACACAGUAACAUCUCACAAUAACUCAAAUCACUGUUCCACUUCAUUCCAGAAGACGAAUAAACAAUGUUAAUAUGUUGGUUUCAUUUCCUCCUUAUUCCAAUUAUUAUCUGAUCUUAAUUCAGUUCUCCUCGUUUUGUCAUCAUUAUUGUAAAAUGUUCUCUGUAUUUGCAGGUGAAUUUUAAAUGUUAGUGUGAAAUAAACAUCUGUCACACAGCCUAGCAGUGUUUAUUUGUAGUACUCAUUUUAAAUUUCAACUCGUACUGAUAUACGUGUAAUCCACUUUUUGGCCUUGCAAUGUAAAUAACUGCCGAGUCUUUCGUUUUUCCCUUCUUUAAGGAUACACUGCACUCUGCAUCUCUGGGAAUCGUUGCAGCACAAGCGAGUCAUUUAAAAUCUAUUGAUUACUUUAUUUUGCAACAACUCCUAGAAUUAAGUAAAAAUUAAAUUUUGAAUAAAUUUCAUGCAUUAAAUUAAAAAUAGUAACACACACAACUAUGGUUAAAAUACAUACAAAAUAUGAGUGCCUUAUAUGUAACGUGUCUCAAGCUCCUAAGGAUAGGUUCUCAGAGAAGAGGCUAAUUAAAAUGCGUUGUGUUCACUCGCUUCAAAAUUACAAUAGUUAAGAAGCGCUGCAGAAGUGUUUUCUGUGAGGGUAGACGACAAUUAUGAGUCAGAACAUGUAAUAAUAGAAUACUUUAGUGAAAAAUAUUCUAAUUUUAAAUGUAUCUUAAGGUAGUUUCCCUAUUAUUAAUUUAUUUUUGUAGUUGGUCUGACAAAUGAGUUCUUACACUACAGAAACCUAGAAGUACAUGCGUAUACGUGCUAUCUGGUAUUAAACUUAGCUUCUCCUAAUUAUAUUAAAUUGUAUUCUAUUGUACUAAUACAUCGUUAUCAAUAGAAAUUAAUGUAGUUAAUUCUGUAUAUUGUUGGAAAAGGAGAAUCAAUUAACAAUUGGAUAUAUGAACAAUCUAAGCAAAUGUUUGGACAGAAUUUCUAGUAAAAUGUAAAUAGCGGUGUAAUACAGAAUUCACAAUAACUUCCUUAUGAAUGUGUUGAUGGAAUUUACUACUAUUUUCAUGAUAAAUGCCUUUGCCAUAACAC